AGCGGUUAGAAUCCGGGAAAAUCCUGCGCAGUGGAGGCUGCGCGGAAAACACUGCAGUGGUCGAUUCCGAGGAGUGAAGAAAGACGGAGAAAUUUUCCUGUCUGCAUCAAAUUUUCCUCAUUUCUGGAUAAUAAUCCGUGGAUCGGGCUGUCAUCACAAGAAUUCUCCUGACAGUGCGAGGAGAAGUCUCUUCUUGUGAAAGAGAAGGACAACAACUGAAAAGCGAACAUGCCUGAACCCACGGAAAAUGGAGAGGAGACUGGGAUGCAGGGGAAAUCUGAACUGGAACAAAUCCAGUUCAAGCAAAAUCAAGUCACUGAUGAGUCACUUGAAUCGACUCGGAGGAUGAUGGCACUUUGCGAUGAGAGCAAGGAAGCAGGUAUACGUACUCUCGUCGCCCUUGAUGAUCAAGGAGAACAAAUGGACAGAAUCGAAGAAGACAUGGAUAAAAUUAACGCUGAUAUGAAGGAAGCGGAAAAAAAUUUAGAAGGCAUGGAAAAGUGCUGUGGUAUUUGCGUCUGUCCUUGUAACAAAUCUUCUGAUUUUAAAGAAGAUGCAAGUACCUGGAAAGCAAGUGAAGAUGGGAAAAUUGUGAAUAAUCAGCCAGCUAGAGUCAUGGACGACAGAAACGGUGCUGGUCCGAUGGGAGGAUAUAUCGCGAAAGUCAGUAAUGAUGCGCGUGAAGAAGAAAUGGAAGACAACAUGCAACAAGUGAGCACCAUGAUUGGGAAUUUAAGAAACAUGGCUAUCGAUAUGGGAAGUGAGAUGGAAUCUCAGAACAGGCAAUUAGACAGGAUCAACUUGAAGGCUGAAUCCAACAAGACGAGGAUUACUUCAGCCAAUCAACGAGCAUCGAAACUUCUGAAAGACUAAAAAAAAAGAGAAAGA